AUCACCGUGAAGCGAUUAAUUAUGUGCUUUUAAUUUGAAGAGGUAUCCUUCAUCCGGAAAAAAAUGUACGUGACUCGUGAAAACUUUACACGCGUUAGCCAGCUGGAUGGGAGGAGAGGGAGUCGGGCGAAGACAAACAUGAACAAGCUGAAGUCCUCACAGAAGGAUAAAGUUCGCCAGUUCAUGAUUUUCACACAAUCCAAUGAGAAGACUGCACUGACCUGUCUGUCACAGAAUGACUGGAAACUAGAUGUUGCCACGGACAAGUUUUUCCAAAAUCCAGAGCUCUAUGUUUCACAUCUAAAGGGAGUCUUAGACAAGAAGAAGCUCGAGCAGCUGUACAACAGAUACAGAGAUCCUCAUGAUGACAACAAGAUCGGCAUUGACGGGAUCCAGCAGUUCUGUGAUGACCUGGGUUUGGAUCCAGCCAGUAUAAGUGUCCUCCUCAUAGCCUGGAAGUUCAGAGCAGCAACACAGUGCGAGUUCUCAAAACAGGAGUUCAUGGAUGGCAUGGCUGAACAAGGGUGUGACAGUAUAGAGAAGUUAAAAGCUCAGCUGCCAAAGAUGGAGCAAGAGUUAAAGGACCAAGGGAAAUUUAAGGACUUUUACCAGUUUACAUUUAAUUUUGCAAAGAAUCCCGGCCAGAAAGGUUUGGAUUUAGAAAUGGCAAUUGCAUAUUGGAAUUUAGUACUGGCUGGAAGAUUCAAGUUCUUGGACUUGUGGAACAAAUUUUUAGUUGAGCACCACAAAAGAUCAAUUCCUAAGGACACUUGGAACCUCUUACUAGACUUCAGCACAAUGAUCACAGAUGACAUGUCGAAUUAUGAUGAGGAAGGAGCAUGGCCUGUCCUUAUUGAUGACUUUGUGGAGUUUGCAAGGCCGCACAUCGGGACCAAAAGCACGGCGGUUUAAGGGCUGCUCUCACUGAAGGAGCAUCCAUGUGAGUUUUCUACAAAAUAGAGUGCAGUGAAAGGAGGACAAGGGGACCACACUGAGCUGAGAACUAUGUUGCCUUUUCAACCCUCAGGACUGAAAUAUUUUACACAGCAGAGACUUUAUAUAUGUGUGUGUGUAUGUACAUAUAUAAAAAGGCAUCUCUCUUUGUUGGUCAGCUUGUUGUGGUUUGGAACUUUUAUCUAAAGUAUUGGGCUUUUUUGUGUGUGCUCAAGCCAACUACAGAGGAGCCACCAUCUUUGCCCACGAGGUUUGGCUCAAAAGCAGGUAGAUAGACACAACUUUGAAUUGUAAUGUAAAUUGGAGGAUUCGAGAGGAGAUGUCAAUCCUUAAAUAUUGAAUUUUAACACUUGUGUGCAUUCCUGAUUUUGCUUUUGUUUUACAAUACAUUUGUGUGACAAGUCAGUAUAAAACAUUGAUUGUAAUUUUUUAAGCAUAAUGCUGUUUGUUUAAACACAAAUGUAUAAAGAUAAAAUAAAUGUUUCAAUUUGGUAUCUUUAAA